GGCGUUGUGCAAUGCGCUUGCGCGCGUAUUACCGGGCGAGUUGGCUGACCUGCAGAGGAACUCUCAGCCUCCAGUACCUUCUUUAUGCACCUGAAUAAAUGAAAUCAACCACUCCUAACAGUUUUACUAUGUUUAAAGUGUGGAAUGAGACUCUCGCACUUCUCACUGCACCUUUGCCUAUCAUACAUUUCAGUCAUGUUACAGUCUGGAAUAACACUCUCAUUUCUCAUUGCACAUUUGCCUGUCAUAAAUGUGUCUCCCUCCACCACCUUCGUUGAAUGAUUUUGCAUUGUUUCUGGGCACAUGAACGAAGGAAAUUACUAACCAACC